CUCCCACGGCCGAUGGGAGACAGAUCAGGGCCGACGGGAUGGAUAUAGGGACGACACAUACGAGAGAUCGGACCGAGAUGGAUAUAGGGACGACAGAUACGAGAGAUCGGACCGAGACGGAUAUAGGGACGACAUAUACGAGAGGUCGGAUCGAGAUGGCUACAGAGGUGGUAGGUAUGAAAGAGGAGAUCGGGACUAGGAACGACGAGAUGGGUCGCGCGGACGGUUUGAGCGCGGGGGAGAUGCGAGAGAGCAGCGCGAUGAGUCGCGGGGGUGGUACAACCGAGGGGACCGACGCGAUGAGUCACGAGGGCGAUAUGACUCGGGGGACCGCCGGAAUGAUUCGCGAGGGCGGUAUGAGCAAGGAGGGUCUGGAGGAGACCGCCGCAACGAUUCGCGCGGUCGGAAUGAGAGAGGGGGAUAUGGCGUCUCAUCAGAACCAUAUCCCAAGUCGCCUGACCCCAAGGCAGCCAGGAGUUCGAUCGCUAGAAGCGCAGACGACAGACCAUCUAUUCCCAGGAACUCAUGCGUCUACUGUAGAGGAGAAGAUCAUAUCAAGAGGGAUUGCCUGGACCUCAAACGGGCAAUAGAUGAGGGACUUGUCGUGCUUGACGACCGCAAAUACGUCAAGUGGGCAGAUGGUCUGGGAGAUGUAUCGAUGUUCCCUUCGAUGAAGCAGAAUGUCGAAGCAAGGAGAAUAAAGACGAGUAAAGGAAUGGAGCCGGUCAGGAGCCAAAGCAUUAAGAUAACCUUUGAAGGGGACAUGGCGACCACACCCAUAAGGGUGGCAGCCACCAAGUCGGCGAGAGGGUCUACAUCGAAGAAGACUGACACUGAUUACGUGAUGGCGGAGAAGGACGGGCAGCGGGUCGAUGGAGAGGAGGUUAUCCUCUCGCCGCGAAAGCGGGAAGUGAAGAAGUUCUUAAUGAAGAGUUCGCUGGACG